ACCCCAUCCAAUUCCAAACUCCCUCGCCUCGCCAUUUCACCUUCACCUCCGCUUCCAUCCCCUUCGCGGCCAACCAACCGCCUCUUCCCUCGGCAGCCAUGGCCACCGCAGCGCGCGCCGUCGUCGCCGCCCGCCCUGCGCGGCCGCUCCUCCCAUCUCGGCGCCUCCCUUCCUUUUCCUCCGCCCGCCUCCCGCGGCAACGCGGCGGCGUCGGGUCCGUCCGCUGCAUGGCGCGGCGGCCGGACUCCUCCUACUCGCCGCUGCGGUCGGGGCAGGGCGGUGACCGAGCGCCGACGGAGAUGGCGCCUCUGUUCCCCGGGUGCGACUACGAGCACUGGCUCAUCGUCAUGGACAAGCCCGGCGGCGAGGGCGCCACCAAGCAGCAGAUGAUCGAUUGCUACAUCCAGACCCUGGCCCAGGUCGUGGGGAGUGAGGAGGAGGCGAAGAAGAAGAUAUACAACGUGUCCUGCGAGCGAUAUUUCGGAUUCGGAUGCGAGAUUGAUGAGGAAACAUCGAACAAGCUCGAAGGCCUUCCAGGUGUUCUUUUUGUGCUUCCUGACUCUUAUGUUGAUGCCGAGAACAAGGAUUAUGGUGCGGAGUUAUUUGUGAACGGGGAAAUCGUCCAGCGAUCACCAGAAAGGCAGAGAAGGGUGGAGCCGGUACCUCAGAGAGCCCAAGAUAGGCCCCGGUACAGUGACCGGACUCGUUAUGUGAAGCGCAGGGAGAACCAGUCUUACCAGCGAUGACGUUGCCAUUUUUGGAGAUAGAAGAUGUCGUCAUUUCCACAAAGUGUCUAAAUGCAAUGCUGGAGGCCACAGCCUACAUGACAAUCGCUCCCAUUGUGUUGGAUGGGCCUUGUAACCUCGCAUGCUUAUGCAUUUGGACCUGUAUCCGUAGUCUACAUUAAAUUAUUAUGAACUCGUGAAUGCUUCAACCUCUUGUCUCUGCCUCCCUAGUCACCCUCCCUUUUGUGUACUUUUACCCCUAGUCUGUAUGGCAAGUAUUUGGU